AAGAUACGUCAUAGGAGGGCGCUAGUGGACGUCACGUCGAUGACGUAUUUUUGAAGCGACGGAAGACUUGUUUGUAGUACAGCUUGCAUUUAUCACACGUCCAGCACAUCCUAAAGUCAGGGACCGAGAUCUUCUUCAUCAAGUGGUGAAUUAUGCACGGGCGCGUGAAGGUCAAGUCGACGGCGCAGCAGGAGGAGGAGAAGAGGAAGGAGAGGGAGAAGAAGCUGAAAGCGUUUGUGUCUGCUCGCGAUGCCGUGCUGAGAAAGAGGAGUGCUGGGGAGCAUGACGAGGAGGCUCUGCAGCUGACUCAGCAGCUCCUGUCCUCAAACCCGGACUUCGCCACGCUGUGGAACUACAGGAGAGAAGUGCUCUUACAGCUGGAGACCUCACGGGAGAUGGACGAGGUGCAGAAGCUGUACGAGUCUGAGCUGCUCUUCAUGAACCCCAAAUCUUACGGCUGCUGGCACCACCGCUCCUGGGUAAACACGCGCCUCCCGCAGCCUGACUGGACGCGAGAGCUCGGCCUCUGCGACCGCUGCCUCAGCCUGGACGAGCGCAACUUCCACUGUUGGGAUUACCGGCGCGUGGUGGUGAAGGAGUCCGGUGUUUCUGUCGAGCAGGAGCUGCAGUUCACUGAUCGGCUGAUCGGCUCCAAUUUCUCCAACUACUCCAGCUGGCAUUACAGGAGCACACUGUUACCUCAGCUCCACCCACAGCCUGCCCCUGACUCCGCCUCCAACACAAGCCCCUCCCCCACCGCGUCGCCUCAGAUUCACUCUCACAGAGUCUGUGAGGAGCAGCUUCUUAAAGAAUAUGAGCUGGCACAUAAUGCCUUCUUCACCGACCCCAACGACCAGAGCGCCUGGUUCUACUACCGCUGGCUGCUGGGCAGAGCGGAGCGAGAGGAGAUGAUCAGCUGUGUGUAUGUCAGCCGGGAGAGAGAGAGGGUGUCUGUCGCCUUCUCCAAACCUGUUCAUGCUCAGUCAGAGGGUCUGAUGUUGGUGUUGGACGGUCAGCCUCAGCAGGUGGAGUGGAGAAGCACCCACCCGCGUCUCCGUCACAGUCCUGUCUGGCUGUGUGAUCUUCCUCCCGGCUCCGUCAGUGAUAUAAGUAAUGAACACAACCUGACCGUCCACUGGACAGAGAAAUACACACACCGAGACUGUGCUCUCUACACAGGCUGUGCUGAAAGCUGGUGCAGAGACUCUGCCACCGACCAGGAGCUCUUCAGGAGUGAGUUGUCAGUUGAGAAGAGUUCGGUGUUACAGGCAGAGCUUCAAUCCUGCAACCAGCUGCUGGAGCUCGAACCGCAGAACAAAUGGUGUCUGCUGACGAUCAUACUCCUCAUGAGAGCUCUGGAUCCUCUAGGCCAUGAGAAAGAGACUCUGGCACAUUUUCAAACCCUUAAAGAAGUGGACCCGAUGCGCUCUUCGUACUACAGUGACCUGUGCAGCAAGUUUCUGAUUGAAAACACCAUUCUGAAAAUGGAGUAUGCAGAGGUGCGAGUGUUUAGUCUGUCAAAUAAGAACCUGACGACCCUGUGUCACCUUGAUCAGCUUCUCUUGGUGACUCACAUCAACCUCUCCUCCAAUCAGCUGCUGCGGCUGCCGCCUCAGUUUGCCAUGCUGCAAUGCCUUGAGGUGCUGGAGGCCGAUGAUAAUGCCAUUGAAAGUCUGGAAGGACUGUAUCAUCUGCCUAAACUAGAGGAAGUUUCUCUGAGGAACAACCAAAUCUGUAAGCUGUCUGAUCUUGAAUCAUUGGCAUCCUGCACCAAACUGACCAGACUGGACCUGCGUGGAAACCCUGUCCACAAAACUGCCAACAUAGAUUCUGAGCUGAGCCAGCUCCUGCCACUGGUUACUGCUCUGUCCCUUUGAUGUGCAGCAUUAGCUGCUCUGUGUGUGUGUGUGUGUGUGUGUGUGUGUGUGUGUGUGUGUGUGUGUGUGUGUGUGUGUGUGUGUGUUUGUUUGUGUGUAAUGCAGUAGAGACUAAUUAGAGCUCACUAACCAUUUCUAAAUUGUACCUCAUGUACUGGACUUAAAGGGAUAGUUCAGCCAAAAGUCAGUAAUUUAUCUGUAUUUUGGUAGGUUGAAUGAUAUUUUAUUUAUGCAAUAACAGUCCUAAUGUAAUGCAAAUGAAAUCAGAGGGGAAUAUUUUCAGUGCUGUUAUUAGAGGUGCUUAACUGGCAAAAAUAAAAUACAGGUUUGGAAAGACUUGAGAAAGAGAACAAAAUGUAUUUUUGGCUCAACUAUGCCUUUAAAAAUGUUCAGCAUCUUGUCUGUAUGUUUAUGUGUUUGUGUGAUUAAUGACGGUUCACAUUUCAAAUAAGGAUUGACCUCUAUACAAACUCCACACUGCAUGCUGACAAAAAGAGAAAUGUUUUUGCCACAUCUGCUUUUAGCUCUUGAAGUCCUGAGAGUCCUGUUUUGGGCAGAGAUAUUGUUCUUGCAAUGUAUCAGUGAAGAUGCAAAUAUUUAGCUACGAGUUUCUUGUACUGUAUGAAUUAGACUUUUUUUUUUUUUUUUAGCUCUGCAAAAGUCAAGCAUUUGUGGUGUGAAAGCUGCAGGUAUGAGUCUACAAGUCAAUAAAGAAACAUGUUUCUUCCCUA